AGUCUUCUGUGACCAUGAGAGAAAGAAAGAAAGACUGAUCCAUGAUUUGUAACCACCCUUCCCUGAGGAUAUAGUCAUGUUGGAAGGUCUUGUAGCCUGGGUCCUCAAUACCUAUCUGGGGAAAUACGUCAACAACCUCAACACCGACCAGCUCUCAGUUGCGCUGCUGAAAGGUGCUGUUGAACUGGAAAACUUGCCCUUAAAGAAGGAUGCCUUGAAAGAACUGGAGUUACCAUUUGAAGUCAAAGCUGGCUUAAUUGGCAAAGUAACCCUUCAGAUUCCUUUCUAUCGCCCCCAUGUGGACCCUUGGGUGAUCUCCAUCUCCAGCCUUCACUUAAUUGGAGCCCCUGAAAAAAUCCAGGAUUUCAAUGAUGAGAAGGAGAAGUUGCUGGAAAGGGAACGCAAGAAAACACUACUUCAGGCCCUGGAGGAAAAAUGGAAGAACGAGCGCCAGCAGAAAGGCGAAUCCUACUGGUACUCAGUUACUGCCUCAGUCGUUACCAGAAUUGUGGAGAACAUUGAAUUAAAAAUUCAAGAUGUCCAUUUGCGCUUUGAAGAUGGAGUCACCAGUCCUUCCCACCCUUUUGCGUUUGGCGUCUGCAUCAAGAACGUGUCCAUGCAGAAUGCUGCGAACGAGCCUGUGCAGAAAUUGAUGCGGAAAAAGCAAUUAGAUGUGGCCGAGUUUAGCAUCUAUUGGGAUGUCAAUUGCACUCUAUUGGGGGAUUUGCCUCAGGUGGAAUUACAGGAGGCGAUGGGCAGGAGUAUGGAGAGCCGCAAUCACCACUACAUGGUGGAGCCGGUGUGUGGGUCUGCCCUUUUGAAGAGAAACUGCUCCACAGAGCCUCUGAGGUCCCGACACACUCCCCGGAUUGAGUGUGAUAUUCAGCUGGAGACGAUUCCCCUGAAACUCUCUCAGCUGCAGUUUCGGCAAAUCAUGGGCUUCCUCAAGGAGCUGGAACGAAAGGAGAGGCAGGUGAAGUUCCGAAAAUGGAAACCCAAAGUGGCAGUAUCUUCGAACUGUCGAGAGUGGUGGUAUUUUGCUCUGAAUGCUAACUUGUACAAGAUCAGAGAGCAGAGGAAAUGCUGUACCUGGGACUUUUUGUUGCACCGUGCCCGUGAUGCUGUAUCUUAUACUGACAAGUAUUUCAACAAGUUGAAAGGAGCCUUGCUGUCUGCUGAAGACAAGGAGGAAAUGCGUCGGAUUGAAGAGGAACAGAGCUUUGAGGAGCUGAAGAUUUUGCGUGAACUGGUUCAUGAACGGUUUCAUAAACAAGAAGAACUGGCUGAGAGUCUACGAGAGCCUCAGUUCGAUUCCCCAGGAGACUCGCCCAGAGACCCAGAGACCAGUGGUGGCAGUGGGAUGCUGCAGUAUCUUCAGUCCUGGUUUCCUGGCUGGGGAGGCUGGUACGGGCAGCAGACCCCUGAAGGGAAACCAGUGGAAGGCCUGUCAGCAGAGCAGCAUGAGCAGUGGAUGCCUGAAGAGAUCCUGGGCACUGAUGAGUUUUUUGACCCCACGGCAGAUGGCUCUUGUACCUACACGAAGCGAGACCAUGUCUUUGCCAAGCUGAAUGUGCAGUUGCAGAGCGGCACGGUGACGCUGCUGCGUGGGGAGCAGGGAGCUCCUCAGAUGAGCGAGAGUGCGUUCAUGCAGCUUGAGUUCUCAGACGUGAAACUUUUAGCAGAGUCUCUGCCUCGAAGACAUUCCUCUUUGCUUUUAGUCCGGCUUGGUGGACUAUUUCUUCGAGACCUGGCAACAGAAGGGACUAUGUUUCCUCUUCUCGUCUUCCCUAAUCCACAAAAAGAAGUUGGCCGAGUCUCUCAGUCUUUUGGUCUCCAAACAGCAUCGUCAGACAGAAGCGACCACUACCCUGCUGCAGAUGAAAAUGACCCCGUUUUUGAGAUGCUGUAUGAGAGGAAUCCAGCGCACAGCCACUCUGAGAGGAGGCUAAAUGUGAACACGAGGCCCUUAAACAUCAUCUAUAACCCCCAGGCAAUUAAAAAAGUGGUUGACUUUUUCUACAAGGGAAAGGUCCAUACCUCAGGUUUUGGUUAUCAAUCUGAACUGGAGUUGAGAGUGGCUGAAGCUGCCCGAAGACAGUACAACAAAUUGAAGAUGCAGACCAAAGCAGAAAUCCGCCAAACCCUUGAUCGUUUGCUCGUGGGUGACUUCAUUGAAGAAAGUAAACGGUGGAGUGUGCGACUAGACAUUUCUGCCCCUCAGAUGAUAUUUCCUGAUGAUUUCAAAUUCAAGAAUCCUGUAUUAGUUGUUGUGGAUCUAGGAAGAAUGUUACUGACAAACACCCAAGAUGGCACCAGGAGGAGAAGUAGAGAUGGGUCAGCAUCUGAAGAGAAUCAAUUUAGUGACGAUGAAUACAAGACUCCUCUGGCCACACCUCCGAAUACUCCACCUCCCGAGACUAGCAGCAGUGGUGGCGAGAGGACACCCUCAUUUUCUGGAGUUGAGUUCAGUGAGGAACAACUUCAAGCACAUUUAAUGAGCACAAAGAUGUACGAAAGGUACUCCCUGUCAUUCAUGGACCUCCAGAUCAUGGUUGGACGAGUGAAAGACAACUGGAAACAUGCUCAGGGUAUUGACGUGGGACCCACCCAUGUGGUAGAGAAGUUCAAUGUUCAUCUACAGUUGGAACGCCGCUUGAUUUAUACGUCAGAUCCCAAAUAUCCAGGAGCAGUGCUCUCAGGCAACUUACCAGAUUUAAAAAUCCAUAUCAAUGAAGACAAAAUAUCUGCUCUAAAGAAUUGCUUUGCUCUUUUGACCCCCUCAGAAAUGAAGACUUCUGACACUCAGAUUAAAGAGAACAUUUUCUCCCACGAAGGACAGCGGGGAAGUCUGCAAGAUUCAGUUAUGAAUUUAACCCAGAGCAUCGUGAUGUUGGAGCAGCAUGCUCGGGAGGUCCUGGUGGAAUCUCAGCUCCUCCUUGCUGAAUUUAAAGUGAACUGUAUGCAGCUUGCUGUUGAGAGCAAUGGCCGGUAUAUUUCCGUGCUCAAGGUAUUUGGUACCAAUGCUCACUUUGUGAAGAGGCCUUAUGAUGCUGAAGUCUCCCUAACUGUUCAUGGUCUUCUCCUGGUAGACACCAUGCAGACAUACGGUGCUGAUUUUGAUCUUUUGAUGGCUUCACACAAGAACUUGAGUUUUGAUGUUCCAACAGGAAGCCUCCGGGAUAGCAGGGCCCAGUCUCCUAUCUCUGGACCCAAUGCGACCCAUUUAACUGAUGCAAAUGCACCGAGCGACCGAUCAGUGACUAGUGUUUCACUUGACCAAAUUCUUACCAAAGAACAAGAGUCCCUCAUCAAGUUGGAAUAUCAGUUUGUGAGUUCAGAGUGUCCCUCGAUGAACUUAGACAGCACUCUCCAGGUCAUAUCGUUACAGGUGAAUAAUUUGGAUAUCAUCCUGAACCCAGAGACAAUAGUAGAACUGAUUGGUUUUCUUCAAAAAUCUUUCCCCAAGGAAAAAGAUGAUAUGAGUCCUCAGCCCUUAAUGACGGAUUUUGAAAGAAGCUUUAGGGAACAAGGCACUUACCAAUCCACAUAUGAGCAGAACACCGAGGUUGCAGUGGAAAUCCAUAGGCUUAACUUACUGCUCCUGCGGACAGUGGAGAUGGCAAAUGGAGAGAAGUAUGGCAGGAAAAUUGCCACUGCCAGUAUAGGUGGCACCAAAGUUAAUGUCUCAAUGGGCAGCACAUUUGAUGUGAAUGGUUCUCUUGGCUGCCUGCAGCUUAUGGAUCUGACACAAGAGAAUGCUAAGAACCAGUAUGUUGUCAGCAUCGGGAAUUCUGUAGGUUAUGAAAAUAUCAUCAGUGACAUUGGCUACUUUGAAUCUGUGUUUGUCAAAAUGGAAGAUGUAGCCCUGACCGAAGCUUUGAGUUUUACAUUUGUUGAGCGAUCCAAACAGGAGUGCGUUCUCAGCCUCAAGAUGGCGUCCUUGCAUUACAACCACUCUGCGAAAUUCUUGAAGGAGUUGACAUUAUCCAUGGAUGAGCUGGAGGAGAACUUCCGGAGUAUGCUGAAAAGUGCAGCCACCAAAGUCACCACAGUACUAGCCACCAAAACUGCCGAGUACAGCGAGAUGGUGUCGCUCUUCGAAACGCCACGGAAGAGCCGGGAACCUUUCGUCCUGGAAGAACAUGAGAUCUAUGGGUUUGGCCUCGCUGCGCCUCAUGCUGACACUGUCAAGCUAAUCUUGAACAUCAACAUCGAAUCACCUGUUGCCUCUAUCCCUCGGAAGCUUGGGAGUCCUGAGUUGCUCGUAGGACAUCUGGGACAGAUAUUCAUCCAGAAUUUUGUGGCAGGAGAUGAUGAAUCCAGAAGUGACCGCCUGCAAGUGGAAAUCAAAGAUAUUAAACUAUAUUCUUUAAAUUGCACACAAUUGGCAGGCAGAGAGGGCCCUGGGUCUGAAGGAAGCCGGACAGUGUAUCCUCCAUCUGGGUCUGCCAGUGUCAGUAGUCAGGAGGAAACUCCAUUCACCCGCCAUGAUUUCUUUGAAUCUUUGCAUAGAGGUCAAGCAUUUCACAUCCUGAACAACACCACCAUUCAGUUUAAACUGGAGAAGAUCCCAAUAGAGAGAGAAUCGGAAUUGACCUUCUCCCUUAGUCCAGAUGACCUGGGAACUUCUAGCAUCAUGAAGAUUGAAGGGAAAUUUGUUAAUCCAGUUCAGGUGGUGUUAGCAAAGCAUGUGUAUGAGCAGGUUUUACAAACGCUGGACAAUCUUGUGUAUAGUGAAGAUCUGAAUAAGUUUCCGGUCAGUGCUACCUCCUCACCUUGCCCUAAUUCUCCUCUGCCUUCCCUCAGUACCUGUGGAGAACCUUCCAUUGAAAGGAAGGAGAAUGGAUUGUUCAGCCACUCCAGCCUUUCUAACUCCUCACAAAAGUCCUUGUCUGUGAAGGAAGUGAAAUCCUUCACUCAGAUUCAAGCCAACUUUUGUAUAUCAGAGCUUCAAGUUCAACUAAGUGGAGAUCUGACUUUGGGCGCCCAGGGUCUUGUGAGCUUAAAGUUUCAGGAUUUUGAGGUGGAAUUCAGUAGAGACCACCCUCAGACUUUAUCCAUUCAGAUUGCCUUGCGGUCUCUGCUAAUGGAAGACUUACUGGAGAAGAAGCCUGACUCCAAAUAUAAGAACCUGAUGGUGUCCCGAGGAGCCCCCAAACCAUCUAGCUUGGCCCAGAAAGAAUAUCUCUCUCAGUCUUGCCCUUCUGUGUCCAAUGUGGAAUAUCCCGAUAUGCCACGGUCUCUUCCCUCCCACAUGGAAGAAGCUACUAAUGUCUUUCAGUUAUACCAAAGACCCACCUCGGCAUCCCGGAAAAAGCAAAAAGAAGUCCAGGACAAGGACUACCCGUUAACUCCACCACCUUCUCCAUCAGUAGAUGAGCCCAAGAUACUUGCUGGAAGGAGUAAAUUUGACGACUCCUUGGUCCACAUCAAUAUAUUCCUGGUGGAUAAGAAACAUCCAGAGUUUUCUUCCAGUUACAACCGAGUUAACCGCAGCAUCGAUGUUGACUUUAACUGCUUGGAUGUACUCAUCACACUACAAACCUGGGUCGUGAUUCUAGAUUUUUUUGGAAUUGGCUCUACUGCUGACAACCACGCGAUGAAGGUGCCGGCUGAGGACGUGUUGCACAAUGUGAAGUUAGAGUCAAAUCCUUUGCUAGAGCCUGAACUUCAGGAUCCGAUGAACACUAAGCUGGAUCUCAAGGUCCACUCACUCUCUCUGGUGCUGAAUAAGACCACCAGUGAGCUGGCUAAAGCCAACGUGUCCAAACUAGUGGCACACCUGGAAAUGAUUGAAGGAGACCUGGCCUUACAGGGUAGCAUCGGGAGCUUGUCUCUAAGUGACCUUACUUCCCAUGGAGAGUUCUACAGAGAACGAUUCACUACGAGUGGUGAAGAAGCGCUCAUCUUCCAGACUUUUAAAUACGGCCGGCCUGAUCCUCUGCUCCAGAGGGAGCACGACGUUCGAGUGAGCCUCCAGAUGGCCUCUGUGCAGUAUGUGCACACUCAGCGCUUUCAGGCUGAGGUGGUGGCUUUCAUUCAGCAUUUCACCCAGCUGCAAGACGUCUUAGGGCGCCAGCGAGCUGCUGUCGAGGGGCAGACGGUAAGAGAUCAAGCCCAGCGUGGCUCCCGUGUUCUCCUGGAUAUUGAAGCUGGUGCCCCUGUUCUCCUUAUCCCUGAAAGUUCCAGAUCUAAUCAUCUGAUUGUAGCCAAUCUGGGGAAGUUGAAAGUCAAGAACAAAUUUCUCUUUGCUGGUUUUCCUGGGACCCGUUCCUUACAGGAUAAGGAAUCUGCCCCUUCAGCCUCCCCAAUGAAUACUCCAACAAAACACAGUCUGAAGAAGAUGUCAAGCACAGAGGACCCCAAGGGGACCCCUUCUGAGGGCCUGUUCAUGAAGUCUCCCUCUGAAAUAAGUCUAGGCUGUAUGAAGAGUGAGUUUGUGCCAAGUGCCUUGACCAAGCAGCAAGGGCCACAAUUCACACCCUCUGUGGGCCCAGUGUCCAGUAGUCCAGAAGACCAUGUCUGCCUAUUGGACUGUAUUGUUGUGGACCUCCAAGACAUGGACAUCUUUGCUGCAGAGAGGCGGCCAAGAGAGUACUCUAAGGCAUCCGAAGACAACGGGGGUGACCUGAUCUUCCCUUCCUAUUUUGUGCGACAGACAGGAGGAAGCCUCUUAACUGAGCCCUGUAGGCUGAAACUGCAGGUGGAAAGGAAUUUGGAUAAAGAAAUAAGUCAUACUGUGCCAGAUAUAUCUAUCCAUGGCAACCUCUCCUCAGUCUACUGCUCCCUGGAUUUGUAUAAAUACAAGCUGGUCCGUGGCUUAUUAGAGAACAACCUUGGGGAGCCCAUAGAGGAAUUUAUGCGGCCGUAUGAUUUACAAGAUCCAAGAAUUCACACUGUCCUGAGUGGAGAAGUGUACACUUGCAUGUGCUUCCUCAUUGAUAUGGUAAACGUGAGCCUGGAACUUAAAGAUCCAAAAGGAAAAGAAGGGCCCGGGUCCCUAGCCAGAUUUGACUUCAAGAAAUGUAAAUUGCUCUAUGAGAGCUUUUCCAACCAAACCAAGUCCAUUAACUUGGUUUCCCAUUCCAUGAUGGCAUUUGACACCCGCUAUGCUGGGCAGAAGACAAGCCCUGGUGUGACAAACGUGUUCAACUGCAUCUUUCAGCCCUCCAAGAACAGCAGCACCACCCAAGGGUCCAUUCAGAUUGAACUACAUUUCAGAUCUACUAAGGACUCCUCCUGUUUCACAGUAGUUCUUAACAAUCUCCGUGUGUUUCUCAUAUUUGACUGGUUACUGUUAGUCCAUGAUUUUCUCCACACUCCCAGUGACAUUAAGAAACAAGAUACCGUUAGGCCUGCUCGACACCGUAACUCUAGCAGCGAAUCCACUGUCAUUCCCAAAACUGUGAAGAGUGGGGUAGUCACCAAGCGGUCUUCCCUUCCUAUGCCCACUGAAAGGCACCUGGAGGUCAAGGUCAAUGUAACAGGCACAGAGUUUGUGGUGGUUGAAGACGUGUCCUGCUUAGAUACCAACGCCAUUAUUCUGAAAGGCACCACCGUGCUGACCUAUAAGCCUCGGUUUGUUGAUCGACCCUUUUCUGGAAGUUUGUUUGGCAUUGAGGUGUUUUCAUGCCGGCUAGGGAGUGAGCAUGAUACAGCUCUUUCAAUUGUUGACCCAGUGCAAAUUCAACUGGAACUGGUGGGGAAUUCCUCUUAUCAGAAUAGUUCGGGAUUGAUGGAUGCAUUCAACAGUGAAGAUUUCCCACCUAUCUUAGAGAUUCAGUUACAAGCCCUGGAUAUCAGACUUUCCUAUAAUGAUGUCCAGCUAUUUCUUGCCAUUGCAAAAUCCAUCCCAGAACAAGCGAAUACCGUGGUGCCAGAUUCGGUGGUCCUGGAGGCCGACUCCGUUAGCAGUCCCCUUACUGGCUCAUCUCGUGUCAGUGAGGAAACCCGAGAAGGGACGAGACGUACCUUAGAUCCUGUCCUGGAGUUACAACUAGCUCGACUGCAGGAGCUGGGAUUCAGUAUGGAUGAUUGUCGCAAAGCUCUUUUGCUGUGUCAAGGCCAAUUGAAAAAGGCAGCAAGUUGGUUGUUUAAGAACGCCGAGCCUCUGAAGUCUCUUUCCCGGGCCUCUAGCAGCCGAGAGAGCCAGGGGAUGGUGCCAGCACAGUUGGUCUCGGGAGUGGAGAUUAAAGCGGAGAGUGUGUGCAUCUGUUUUAUUGAUGACUGCAUGGACUGUGAUGUCCCUCUCGCUGAGCUCACCUUCUCCCGUCUGAAUUUUCUGCAACAUGUGAGAACUAGCCCUGAAGGCUAUGCCCACUUCACCCUCUCUGGAGAUUAUUAUAACCGUGCCCUGUCAGGCUGGGAGCCAUUUAUUGAGCCGUGGCCAUGCUCUGUGUCUUGGCAACAACAGGCAGCAAGUCGUCUCCAUCCUCCUCGGCUGAAACUGGAGGCCAAGGCCAAACCUCGUCUGGAUAUCAAUAUCACUUCUGUACUAAUUGACCAGUAUAUAAGUACCAAAGAAUCGUGGAUGGCAGAUUACUGCAAACAGGACAGGGAAAUGGAUUCAGCCAAAUCAGAAGACUGGAUGGGCUCUUCAGUGGAUCCACCGUGCUUUGGACAAAGCCUACCCCUUGUCUACCUUAGAACUAGAAGUACAGCCAGUCUGACUAACCUAGAGCACCAGAUCUAUGCUAGAGAGGUGAAAACCCCCAAGCGCCGGCAGCCCUUUGUCCCUUUUGCUCUCCGGAAUCACACAGGAUGCACUCUGUGGUUUGCCACCCUGACCACCACGCCCACCAGGGCUGCAUUGUCUCACAGUGGGAGUCCAGGCCUUGUUCCAGAAGAGAAUGGGACCUUUCUUGAUGAUGGCCACAAUGUCAGUGAGUGGCGAGAAGUCCUCACGGGGGAGGAGAUUCCCUUUGAAUUUGAAGCAAGAGGAAAGCUACGACACAGACACACCCACGACCUCCGGAUCCAUCAACUGCAAGUGAGAGUCAACGGCUGGGAACAAGUGAGCCCAGUGUCUGUGGACAAAGUCGGGACCUUUUUCCGAUAUGCAGCUCCAGAUAAGAAUUCCUCUUCUUCCACGAUUGGCAGCCCGAGCAGCCGAACAAAUAUUAUCCAUCCCCAGGUUUAUUUCUCGUCUCUCCCACCUGUCCGGGUGGUAUUUGCGGUGACCAUGGAAGGCAGUGCUCGGAAAGUGAUCACUGUCCGUUCAGCCCUUAUUGUCAGGAACAGACUCGAGACACCAAUGGAACUAAGACUGGAUAGCCCUUCAGCUCCAGACAAGCCAGUGGUGCUUCCAGCCAUCAUGCCAGGGGAUGCAUUUGCCGUGCCUUUACAUCUCACUUCUUGGAGGCUACAGGCUCGACCCAAAGGAUUUGGUGUUUUCUUCUGCAAGGCUCCCAUUCACUGGACCAAUGUAGUGAAGACCAUGGAAGUCAGUAGCAGCAAGCGAGAAUGCCACUCUGUGGACACGGAAAAGAACCGGUUCUUCAGGUUUUGUGUCGCUAUAAAGAAAGAGAAUUAUCCAGAUUACAUGCCCUCGAGUAUAUUUUCUGACAGUGCUAAACAGAUUUUCAGACAGCCGGGGCAUACCAUUUACCUCUUGCCAACCGUGGUCCUAUGCAACUUACUGCCUUGUGAACUCGAUUUUUAUGUUAAAGGGAUGCCCAUUAAUGGGACCUUAAAACCUGGCAAAGAAGCAGCUCUCCACACAGCUGACACAUCCCAGAACAUUGAACUGGGGGUCUCGCUGGAGAAUUUCCCGCUUUGUAAGGAAUUACUCAUUCCACCUGGAACCCAAAACUACAUGGUGAGAAUGCGACUCUAUGACAUCAACCGUCGGCAGCUCAGCCUUACCAUCCGGAUUGUGUGCAGGGCAGAGGGAUCCUUAAAGAUCUUCAUUUCUGCUCCCUACUGGUUGAUUAACAAAACAGGUAUCUGCACGAUGAGAAUCGGAAGAGGGAUUCAUCCCGAAGGAAUGCCGGGCUGGUGUCAGGGUUUCUCCCUGGAUGGUGGUAAUGGUGUCAGAGCUUUGAAAGUCAUCCAGCAAGGAAAUCGUCCGGGGCUGAUCUAUAACAUUGGUAUUGAUGUCAAGAAGGGCCGAGGUCGAUAUAUUGAUACGUGCAUGGUCAUCUUUGCCCCCCGUUACCUGUUAGAUAAUAAAUCAUCUCACAAGCUGGCGUUUGCACAGAGGGAAUUUGCCAGGGGCCAGGGAACAGCCAAUCCCGAAGGUUACAUCUCUACCCUUCCAGGUUCCAGUGUGGUGUUCCACUGGCCGAGAAAUGACUAUGAUCAGUUAUUGUGUGUUAGACUUAUGGAUGUUCCCAAUUGUAUUUGGUCUGGUGGCUUUGAAGUCAACAAGAAUAAUUCCUUCCAUAUCAACAUGAGAGAUACCCUGGGGAAAUGCUUCUUCCUCAGAGUGGAGAUUACUCUCCGAGGAGCUACCUACAGGAUCUCCUUUAGUGACACUGAUCAGCUGCCCCCUCCUUUCCGCAUCGACAACUUUUCCAAGGUCCCAGUUGUCUUUACUCAGCAUGGUGUGGCUGAACCCAGGCUCCGGACUGAAGUGAAGCCCCUGACAUCAUUGGAUUAUGCCUGGGAUGAACCCAGCCUACCGCCUUUCAUUACUCUGACAGUGAAAGGGGCAGGCUCCUCUGAGAUCAACUGUAACAUGAAUGACUUCCAGGAUAACCGGCAGCUUUAUUACGAAAACUUCAUUUACAUCGCUGCCACACACACAUUCUCUGGGUUGCAGGAGGGAUCAGGAAGGCCUGUGACUUCUAACAAGGCCAUUACCUGUUUAGAGUUGGUCUUGGAUGUCUCACCGAAGACUCAGAGAGUCAUUUUAAAGAAGAAGGAGCCAGGCAAGCGCUCUCAGCUCUGGAGGAUGAUGGGAACAGGCAUGCUGGCCCAUGAGGGCUCUUCAGUUCCUCACAACCCCAAUAGGCCCCCAGUAACCCGCUUCUCCGAAGGCUCAGCCAUCUUAGAUAUCGCUGGUCUUGCUGCAGUGACUGACAACAGGUAUGAACCCCUGAUGCUAAGAAAGCCUGACCGCAGGCGAAGCACAACUCAGACAUGGAGUUUCCGAGAAGGCAAACUGACCUGUGGCUUACACGGCUUGGUCGUCCAGGUGAAAGGAGGGCUUUCUGGUCUGUUUGACGGAGCUGAAGUUGUUCUUGGCCCUGAUACAUCCAUGGAACUUCUGGGGCCAGUUCCUCCAGAACAACAAUUUAUUAACCAAAAAAUGAGGCCUGGUUCUGGAAUAUUAUCCAUCAGAGUCAUCCCAGAUGGACCAACGAGAGCACUCCAGGUAACAGAUUUCAGCCAACGGAAAAGUGACCAUUCAUCAUAUGAAGUGGAUGAACUUCCUGUUACUGAGCAAGAGCUGCAGAAAUUAAGGAAUCCAGAUACAGAACAGGAAUUAGAAGUGCUUGUGAAGUUAGAAGGUGGAAUUGGGUUGUCCUUAAUUAAUAAAGUCCCAGAAGAACUGGUCUUUGCAACGCUUACAGGAAUCAAUGUGCACUAUACACAGCUGGCAACUAGUCACAUGCUUGAACUCAGCAUCCAGGAUGUACAGGUGGACAAUCAGCUCAUUGGUACUACUCAGCCCUUCACGCUCUACGUGACACCCCUGAGCAACGAGAACGAAGUCAUUGAGACAGGCCCCGCGGUGCAGGUCAACGCUGUGAAGUUCCCCAGUAAGAGCACGCUGACCAACAUCUACAAGCAUUUGAUGAUCACAGCCCAGAGGUUCACUGUGCAAAUUGAGGAGAAACUGCUCCUUAAGCUACUAAGUUUCUUCGGCUAUGAUCAAGCAGAAUCAGAGGUAGAAAAGUAUGACGAGACCCUCCGUGAGAAGACAGUUGAACAAGGUGGAACACCAAUCCGCUACUACUUUGAAAAUCUCAAAAUCAACAUCCCCCAGAUCAAGCUGAGUGUGUUCACCUCCAACAAGCUGCCCUUGGACCUCAAGGCUCUCAAAAGCACCUUAGGAUUCCCAUUGAUUCGGUUUGAAGACGCUGUGAUAAAUCUGGAUCCAUUUACUCGGGUGCAUCCCUAUGAGACCAAGGAGUUCAUCAUCAAUGAUAUCCUCAAACAUUUCCAGGAGGAACUUCUCAGCCAAGCAGCUCGAAUCUUGGGAUCAGUGGAUUUUCUUGGUAAUCCCAUGGGGCUCUUGAAUGAUGUUUCAGAAGGGGUUACUGGACUGAUAAAGUAUGGAAAUGUUGGAGGCCUUAUCAGAAAUGUUACACAUGGCGUUUCAAACUCUGCUGCCAAGUUUGCGGGGACAUUAUCAGAUGGCUUAGGGAAGACGAUGGACAAUCGGCAUCAGUCAGAACGGGAAUACAUCAGAUACCACGCGGCCACCAGCGGUGAGCACCUGGUCGCCGGCAUCCAUGGCCUGGCUCAUGGUAUCAUUGGUGGACUGACGAGUGUUAUAACCUCAACAGUUGAAGGUGUGAAAACGGAAGGGGGUGUCAGCGGUUUCAUAUCUGGCCUUGGGAAAGGCCUUGUUGGCACUGUAACCAAGCCAGUGGCGGGCGCCCUGGAUUUUGCAUCAGAAACAGCCCAAGCAGUGAGAGACACAGCCACGCUCAGCGGCCCCAGGACUCAAGCCCAGAGGGUGCGGAAGCCACGUUGCUGCAUGGGCCCCCAAGGACUCCUUCCCCGCUACUCUGAGAGCCAGGCAGAAGGGCAGGAGCAGCUCUUCAAACUGACAGACAACAUACAAGACGAAUUCUUCAUCGCUGUGGAGAACAUUGACAGCUACUGCGUGCUCAUCUCCUCCAAGGCCGUGUACUUCCUGAAGAGUGGAGACUAUGUUGACCGAGAGGCCAUUUUCCUGGAAGUCAAAUACGACGACCUCUACCACUGCCUUGUCUCCAAAGACCACGGGAAGGUGUAUGUGCAAGUGACCAAGAAGGCCCAGAGCACUAGUAGCGGAGUGUCCAUCCCAGGACCUUCUCACCAGAAGCCCAUGGUCCACGUGAAGUCCGAGGUCCUUGCUGUCAAGUUAUCGCAAGAAAUAAACUAUGCAAAGAGCCUGUACUACGAGCAGCAACUCAUGGUGAGACUCACUGAGAACCCAGAGCAGCUGGAGCUGGACUCCUGAACCCGCCCCCCGCCAGCAGGGCUCCCCGGCACUGACCCGCCGGUCAGGGGAAGAGGCCCGGCCUCGAGGCGUCAAGGAAAGGCAGACCCAAGACAAGAAGCAGGCAAGAUGUCAAGGAGCAGGAGAAAUUGGACACUGGGGGGGAUGCCAGUGGAAACUCAUAGUUGGCACAGGGUGGU